AUGGCUGAAGGAUUUCUUGGCAGCUCUAUGGCAAUGGUGGAUAUUGGUGACAAAUACUUGAAUGAAUUGUUAUCAAACUCAUUGUUUCAAGAUGUCCAGAAGAACACCUGCGGGAAUAUUCUUACAUUCAAAAUGCACGACUCGGUGCAUGAUUUAUCUUUGUCCGUGUCAAAGUUUGAUACUUUGUUGUUUCGAGAAAAUUCCAGUCUCACCCUUAAUGAGUGUUCUCAUAUCCGUCAUCUCAAUGUUGGAUGUGAUGGGGAACCAUUACCAGAAAUUUUAACUGCGGUUGCUCCAAAAGUAUACUCGUUGUUUUCAGAGAUUGAUGUGUCCAAGAAACUAUCAAAAAGCUUCACAAGAUUAAGAGUCCUAAAGUUUGUUUGUGCUACUAAUAUUUGUGAGUUGCCAGAUUCCCUUGGAGAAUUGAAGCACUUGAGGUAUUUGGGCAUCUCAUGGACUUCUAUCAAAACACUGCCUAAGUCCACAACCAAACUUUACAAUCUGCAAACAUUGAGGCUUUUAGGUUUACUGAGACUCACCUUUCCGUAUGGAUUGGAAAAUCUGAUAAGCUUGAAGCACUUGUAUUUUGAUAGAAAAGAACUUCAGCCAGUUAAUAUUGGAAACCUAACUUGUCUUCAAACAUUACCCAUAUUUUUUGUGGGUUCAGAAAGGGGACGUUCGAUUAAGGAGUUAGGAUCCCUAAAGGAACUGCGUGGAGAACUGAAGAUAUGCCAUCUUGGGGGGAGUGAUAGUGGGAGUAGUGGUUAUAACAGUGAGGAAGUGAUGGAAGGUCUCCAACCCCACACAAAUUUGCAAAGCUUAACUGUUAGCAAUUAUCAAGGUGAAAGCUUUCCCUCAUGGAUGUUAAGACCUGUUGGUGAUUCUAAUACUGGUUUGUUUUUGCUUAACAAUUUGAUGGAGCUAAAUUUUUUCGAUUGCAUCAACUGUGAAAGUCUUCCACCUCUGGGCCAAUUGCAUAAUCUUCAGUUUCUUGAGUUGAGAAAUCUGAAGAAAGUGAAACGCAUGGGUAAUGAAUUUUAUUGCAACGAAGGUAUUGAUGGUAUGAAUAAGGUGAUCAAGGUGUUUCCUGCAUUAAAAAAAUUAACCUUAGAGAAGAUGGGAAGUCUAGAAGAAUGGACAGCAAUGGCGGCCACAAAGACGUUCAUGUUUCCUUGCUUGGAGGAGCUGGAUAUUUGUGAUUGUCCCUUCUUGAAAAGUGUUCCACUAACGGGGCAAUAUUGUCCUAAUUUAAGUUGGAUUCCGGAUUUGGAAGGAUUUUCCUCUCUUCAAAAUCUGUCAAUUGAUAGCUGCAAGGAAUUGGAAGUUCUUCCUAUAACCGGAGGUUGUUCAUCUCUUGAAAAGCUUAGGAUUUUGGGUUGUGAAAAAUUAAGCAAGAUCGGAGACGGAUUAUUUAGCUCCACUUGUCUCAAAGAAUUAUAUCUAUGUCAUUGUUCUAAUUUAAGUUCGAUUCCAGAUUUGGAAGGAUGUUUCUCUCUUAAAAUUCUGUCAAUUAAUAGCUGCAACAAAUUGGAAGUUCUUCCGGUAACAGGAAGAUGUUCAUCUCUUGAAAAGCUUAGCAUUUCCGGUUGCGAAAAAUUAAGCAAGAUCGGAGACGGAUUAUUUACCUCCUCUCUUCAAAAUCUGUCAAUUGAUAGUUGCAACGAAUUAGAAGUUCUUUCAUUACCCGGAAGGUGUUCAUCUCUUGAAAAGUUUAGCAUUUUUGGUUGCGAAAAAUUAAGCAAGAUUGGAGACGGAUUAUCUGCCUGCGCUUGUCUCAAUGAAUUAGGUCUAUAUAAUUGUCCUAAUUUAAGUUCGAUUCCAAAUUUGGAAGGAUUUUCCUCUCUUCAGAGCCUGUCAAUUAAUAGGUGCAAUGAAUUGGAAGUUCUUCCAAUAACUGGAAGAUGUUCAUCUAUUGAAAAGCUUAGAAUUUCCAGUUGCAAAAAUAUAAGCAAGAUCGGAGACGGAUUAUCUACCUCCACUUGUCUCAAAGAAUUAUAUCUAUAUCUUUGUUCUAAUUUAAGUUUGAUUCCAGAUUUGGAAGGAUUUUCCUCUCUUCAAAAUCUAUCAAUUGAUAGCUGCAACGAAUUGGAAGUUCUUCCCAUAACAGGAAGAUGUUCAUCUCUUGAAAAGCUUAGAAUUUCCAGUUGCAAAAAUAUGACCAAGAUCGGAGACGGAUUAUCUACCUCCACUUAUCUUAAAGAAUUAGAUCUAUAUCUUUGUUCUAAUUUAAGUUUGAUUCCAGAUUUGGAAGGAUUUUCCUCUCUUCAAAAUCUAUCAAUUGAUAGCUGCAACGAAUUGGAAGUUCUUCCCAUAACAGGAAGAUGUUCAUCUCUUGAAAAGCUUAGAAUUUCCAGUUGCAAAAAUAUGACCAAGAUCGGAGACGGAUUAUCUACCUCCACUUAUCUUAAAGAAUUAGAUCUAUAUCUUUGUUCUAAUUUAAGUUGGAUUCCAGAUUUGGAAGGAUUUUCCUCUCUUCAAAAUCUGUCAAUUGAUAGCUGCAAGGAAUUGGCGAGUUUUCCACUAAAAGCACCACUGUCAUCCCUUAAAAAAUUAAGGAUACAUGAUUGCCCUAAUUUGAAGCCCAUUCCAAGUUUAGAUGGACUCUCUUCUCUCACAGAAUUAGAAGUUAACAAAGUAGGCGAAGGAUGGAGUUGUCUGCUACCAAAUAUGUUGCGAUCCAAUACUUCCCUUUGCAGUCUAACAAUAUUAAAUUUGCCUGAUCUGAUACGGAUUCCAGAUGACAGCCUUGGUAGGCUUAAUUGCUUGGGAAAAUUAGCCAUUGGUGGUUUCUCAGAAGAGCUGCAAGAAUUCCCAUGUCUCAGUUCCUUUCAAUAUCUCAGUGCCUCUCUUCGAGUUCUAGAGUUGACUGGUUGGGAAAAGCUUAAGAGUCUUCCUCCGCAACUUCAAUUCCUCUCUGCCCUUGAAGAAUUGACGAUAUUAGAGUUUCAAGGAAUAGAAGCCUUUCCAGAGUGGUUGGGAAAUCUCUCUUCUUUAAGGCAUCUAUAUUUAAGUGGUUUUGGAAAGCUAAAGAGUCUUCCUCACCAACUCCAACUCCCCACUGCCCUUGAAGAUUUGACUAUGUGGGGGUUUCAUGAAAUAGAAGCCUUGCCAGACUCGUUCAGAAAUCUCUCUUCUCUAAGGUGUCUGCGUAUCUGGUCAUGCAAUAAGCUCAUGUACCUGCCUUCUGUAGAUGCUAUGGGGAGCCUCUCCAAAUUAGAAACAAUUGACAUUUUUAUGUGUCCUCAAUUAGAGACAAGAUGUGAGAGGGAGAGCGGCCCUGAAUGGUCCAAGAUUUCCCACAUUCCACAUAUAUGUAUUAAUUAUAGGAUGAUUUAGUUUGGGCAUGGAUUCUUUUGAGACUAUCAGUAUGAGAACAAAAUUAUGAAUUGAAUCUGUGGACGCAAAAGGAGAUGCUGAUAGGGCUUGAGUCAAAGUGAGUUGUUCUCCUUUCCAACAUUGAAGAGGUAUAAUAUAAAAGACAGAGUGUUGAUCGACUUUCGAUCGGGGGUUUAUCUGAUGUCUGUCUGAUCUGAUUUUUGGACAAUGACUAGUAGGCUCAAGGAUUUCGAUUGUGCAAGUUCAUCACAUUUGCUUCCAUGGAGGUUUAUGGUCAGCUGAAUCAAGAUUUGAAGCUCAUUAACACGAAUGGGGGAAAACCAAUCAUGAAAUUAAAAUUAUUAUAGCAUUUGAUUUAUUCAUGUUAGUGGGAUUAGAAUUGUACCUCUUUAACUUUGUUUCACUCCAUGAAAGAUGGGUGCAUGGUGACAACACAACUUGAAGAGUUUUAUGCCAAACUAAUUUUUUUAAAUAUUUUAUUAUAUUAAA